AUGGCACAUCCAGAGGACGCCUGGCUCGGUAAACGCUCAGGAAAUUCCUCUCUCGACUUGAAUGCACUGUCAUUCCCCGACGAAUACGACGAUGGCGACGAGUUGACAGAUCUUCAGGGCUCCUCUGGCACGCCUAAUACUUCAUCUGCCUAUUCGGACAGAGUCGUUAGGAGAAGGAGCAGCAAAGCUUGCGAUCAAUGUCGCAAAAGUAAAUGCAAGUGCGAACGCGCAGGAGACGGCGAGGCUUGCAAAAGCUGCAUCAUGCUGGGGACGCCGUGUACAUUCCUCGGACCCUCGCGCAAGCGCGGCCCCCCUAAGGGGUACAUUGACGCCAUCGAAGCUCGGUUGCACCAAACCGAGGCCCUACUUGGUGUUCUCCUCGCUGUCGAGGCAGAGCAUGGCGAUAGUGCCUUGGUAUCCGAAGACGCUCUUGCUCGUGAGAUCCUCAAUCGUGUCGAUUCAUCCUCCUACGGUGUCAAAGGACGAAAAGGUGGCAACACUAAAACACGCCCAAAUACUGCCACUACAAUCGAGGGUAGUGGUAUUGACUUACAGUCCACACACCCUUCGAAUGAAUGGCAGGACCGCGUUGCAUCUCUCCUUUCAUCAUCUCUAUCGCUCUCCCACUCGUCUCCAUCGCAAUCCCGCCCGCCUACAGCUGGCGCCGUUUCCCUUAACAAACCGCGCACGAUCCAACUUUCACAACACAGAACUUCGCCGUCUACCUCACUCAGCGAUAACGGACGCCGUCAACGCCGGCGACUUGGCUCUUCAUCAUCUCCGGAUCUCUCUGACCACUCGCAAGCACAUGCACGUGCCAGUACGGAUUCUGAGGACGAAGAUGACGUAGUGGAUGCCGUGGGCCAGCUCUCCUUGAACGAGGACGAACAAGUUCGGUAUCACGGCAAGGCAAGUGGUCUUUACCUGUUGGGGUAUAAUGCGAAGGAGGAAGCUCGGAAUGAAGGUGGAAUCUGGCGCUUCCCCAAGGCCCGUGUCUGGCCGCCGCUCCCUCCAUCUGAUACAAAUGCGACCACCGCUACUAUCUCUUUGACGGGUUUAUCAGUCGUGGACAGAGAUCUGAGCAGCCUCAUGCCCGAUCCAGCCGUUCAAGAGCAUUUAUUACAGAUAUAUUUUACUUAUGUACAUCCGGCAUUCCCAGUCUUGCACAAGGAGGCUUUCUGGGAUGGUUUCAAGGCGUAUCAAAAUCCAUCUGCAGCCGACGCGCCGUCGCCUGCAUCAGAUGGUCAGGGUUCGAAAUCUCCGUCGCCCUUCCACCGUGCCCGCCGCCAUAUUUCACCGCUUUUACUCCUAAGCAUGUUUUCUAUUGCCGAACGCUAUGCACCAUCUUCCUCUCUCCCACCUUCCUCCCCCCCUCUCUCGUCGUCAUCGUCACUCCGAGAGCCAACCCCGAUGUGGACUGCAGGCGAUCAGUACUUUAACGUUGCCAAGACACUUCUCGACAACACUUAUGCAUCUUCUUUGCCAAGCACCGUCCAAGCUCUCCUACUACUCGGGUACCGAGAGAUUGGGAUUGGUGCCAUGGCGCAAGCCUGGGUGUACACGGGUAUGGCAGUACGUAUGGCGCAGGACCUCGGUAUGCACCGCGCAGCCGACGGUUGGGCUCGUGCAGACGUUGGGCGUUUGUUCGGCCCACAAGAGCUACAGGAACGGCGGCGGAUAUGGUGGGGAUGUGUUGUGCUUGAUGGGUAUGUGAGCACUUACAUCGGAAGGCCGCUUGCCAUCUUCGAGCGGGAUUACGAUACACUUUUGCCGAGUGAGGACGAGGCGGAGGAGAUGGAGUUAUGGACCCCUCAUGAGUCGCUGCCGCCUGAUGCCCGCGGACAUGGGUACCCGCCUAGUGCAGAGAUGCGGUGUUCAAUACCCGGACGCGUGCUAUCUAGCUUUAAUGCAUCUGCAAUUCUCUCGGCCAUUCUUGCCAAGCUCGUACAGUCGAUGUAUGCCAUCCAUCCGGUGACUUCUCGGCACGCCGAGGCGGCGCAACUUGAGGAGCUGCUGAAUAAGUGGUACCUCGAUUUGCCCGAGCAUUUGCAAUUGAAGCAGGGCGCGACUGUUCCGCCCCAUAUUAUGACGUUGCACAUGCAAUAUUGGUGUACGACAUUGUUAUUACAUCGCCCCUUCAUAAGGAACGCGUACCUUCAGAAGGGGAAACCGGAUAGUCCAGAUGAUGCGGAAGCGUGUGCGACGAGCAAAAAACAUUAUGAGCUGUGCGUGGGUGCUGCAAACCACAUCUCAUCAAUCGUUUCGUCUUAUCGGGAAAAGUACUGUCUGCAACGCGCGCCCGUUUUUCUCUGCUUCUACAUCUUUACGGCGGGUAUCAUGCAUGUCACGAGCUCGUCUAUUUAUCCGAAUGACCCCCAAUCACGGAUGGGUCUGUUCAAGUGCAUGGACGCGCUGCAAGACAUGGAAGUCAUCUGGCCCUCCGCAGCACGUGCCCAUGAACUUCUUCGGGGUUCAAACGUCAUGAUAAAUCCCUCGAACUGUAGCCAAGCGCGCCUUGCAUUUACUUCUCAGGAGCGCCAGAAGCGAACAGCCGAGCAUUCAAUAGAAUCAGAGGAUGCAUACGAACGUUCGCAGCCGCAGGUCCUCCCGCCAAGCAGCUCACCUCACAUACCAAGUUCGGGGCAAGGGUAUGCCAACACCUGGCGAUCGACUCAGUUUAGCGGAACGUCGCAUGAUGUCGGUCACGCUCAGGAAUCUGGCGCGGGGCAUCAUGCUGACUUUGGAGCGGCACCUACGUCAACUUCGCAGCCGUCGUACUACCCAUGGACCUCCGAUGGAUCAUCAUACAUCUCGUUCCCGGGCACACUGUCUACAUCUGUGCUUCCACAGAUGUAUAGCACAGGCUUGGUCGACAACCGUCGGGCAGGUAACUCGCAGUCCUCGACUUCGCAUCAAGGACAAACGCGGUUGACUGCGCAUGGGAGCGUCUCUGGUACAUAUGCCAGUGAUCAAGCUGGGACAGGGCGGUACCCGCAAUUUUGGAACGACUAUUCAUCGUUCCCACAGAUGGGGAUGCCUUAUAGCCAGUCUCAUCCACAGCAACAGCCGCCGCAACAGCAGGAUGCCAUGUAUAUCAGCGGGCAGUAUGGCGGUAUUUAUAGUGAGUGUUCUGCGUCAUGA